AUGGAUGAGGAAUCAACAGAAGUGCUUAUCUCAAGGCUGGAAAGCGCUGGAUUUCAGGAAUCCUUUCCACAAACAGACGAAGAAGCCGAUGUCGUCGAUGAUUUGCUUGCACACGAGCUCGAAGAGCUUAGCGUCACGGAGCAAGAGAAGGUCGCGUUCGACUUGCAUGGAUUGGCAGCCGAAAUAGAAGAGACCGAAGAGCUCAUCGAAACGAGUCUCAAAGAAAUGGAGAACGAGAUCCAAAAGAUAAAGAAGAAACCAGCUUUCGAAAAGGCAAUGAAGAUGAACCCAGGCCACGUUUGCAAUCGACAGUUUCGUCUUCAAUUCCUUCGAUGUGAAUUCUUCAUAUGUAAGAAUGCGGCCGCAAGACUCGUUUUUCAUUUUGAAAAGAAGGAAAUGAUAUUUGGUGAUGGUGAUGUGCUAGGGAGAGAUGUACGACUCUCAGAUCUGUCACAACAAGAUCUGAUGUCAAUGCAAUCGGGAGCGUUGCAAAUCCUUCCAACUCGAGAUAUAACUGGUCGUUCAGUACUUGUCUGGAUGCCAGGUAAUUGGAGGGGACGAGGGAAACUGAACACUCGAAGCGCACAACGAGUAUUCUACUACAUGACAACAACAGCAUCACAAGAAGAAGAGACGCAGAAAAAAGGAUUCAUAAUUGUGGUAUACAAUGUGGGUCCAAAAGGGGACGAAAUCCCUACCCUUGGUCUCUUGAAAAAAAUCCACUCCAUUCGUUUGGCUGUACCACACAAAAUGUUUGGUAUGCAUUUCUGCUUUGAUGACAAAUCGCUUCGUCCAGUGGUGUCUGGGUUCAGGUACUUUUUGGACAAGAGAGCAAGGAAUAGAUUCCGGGCUCAUUUCGGCGAUGAGCAAAAGACCACAUUUCAGUUGCAAACAUUUGGCAUCCCAUUCGAUGACAGCUCUCCCUUCAAGCUACACGAAGGGGAAUUCAACUUGAGUUGGCACAACGAAUGGCUUCAAAUCCGUAAAAGUCAAGAGGAUCUGCCUUUGAAGAAGUCAGAUGAAAAUGACCCAGUUACAAUCCCUCACAGAUUUGAUGUACUGUUUGGAAGGUCUAAGAUGACAAGAGAACACACGGGAAAUCUAAGAGCGUUACACUUGAUCAAUAUGUGGGAGGCAAAAUACGAAGGAGCCGGCAAAUAUGAGAAGACAAUAAUCACAGAGAAGAUUGUCAAUAUUAUCCGUGACAGCGGCGGGAAGUUCCUGAAGUGGGAAAAUGACAAAGGCUGGCUUCAAGUGGACAAUGAAGCUGCCAGGGAAAAGAUAGCUCAUUGGUUUCGUCACAACCGAAAAAAACAUGCAGCAAGUAAAAAUGAUAAAUCGGCGGAAAGCAACACACAGAAACGACCGUUCAACCAGUGUUAG